AUGCCGAGCGGCUGGCCAAUGAGCGACGAGCCGCUGCUUAGGCUGGCGCGAUCCGUUGUUGCCAUCGAAGAGGGUGACGACGACGGCGCGACCAGGCCAAUCAGCAGCAAGGAUGGUGAAACGAAGCAAGAAGAGCAAGAGCAAGCGCGUGACGCUGCGGCAGAAGUACAAGGUGAUCCGCAAGGUCAAGGAGCACGCCAAGAAGAAGCUCAAGGAGGCCAAGAAGGCGCGCCGCGACGGCGUCCCGCCGCGGCGGCGCGUGGAGAAGGACCCGGCAUCCCCAACGACUGGCCGUUCCGCGAAGAGGAGCUCGCGGCGCUCGAGGCGCGGCGGCAGCGCGCGCUGGAGGAGCGCGAGGCGAAGAAGGCGGAGAAGAAGGAGCGGGCGAGGCGGCGCCGCCUGGGGCUGCCGGAGGAGGGGCCGCUGCCGGGCGCGGAAGGCGCGGAGGAUGGGGAAGACGCGGAGAUGGGGGGCGAGGCGGAGGAGGACGGGGGGGAAACUGGGCGCGUGACAAGCGGGGCGGCGAUGGCGGGGAUGGUGCGGGGGGCGAUGGAGAGGGGCGCGGAGUUUGAGAAGCGGAAGAGGGAGCGGGAGGAGGCGGAGGAGGGGCAAGCGGGCAAGGGGAAAGGUGGGUGCGCGGAAGGCAAGGGGGGAGAGGCAGUGUGGACGGCGCACAAUCCCUCCGCUCCUUCCGCUCAAUCUCCCUUCUUCAAUCCCCUUGUCUCUUUCCCCUCUUCCCCUUUUCCCCCCCAACCCCACCUUCCCUCCCCCUUUUCCCCACGUGCGCGCACAGGGGGAGCGCAGCGCGCGUUUAUGCGGGAGCUGCGCGCGGUGGUGGAGGCGGCGGACGUGGUGCUGCUGGUGCUCGACGCGCGCGACCCGCUGGGCGGGCGCUGCCGCCAGCUGGAGGACAUGGUGGCGCGCAGUGGCGCACACAAGCGCAUCGUGCUGCUGCUUAACAAGAUAGCGCUGGCUGGCGUAUUUCCGUCGCGAGCUGCCAGCGGUGGCAUUCAAGGCCUCUACGCCCCCCCCUGCCCCGUCCCCCCCUUCCCCCCAUCAGAUCUCGUCCCCCGGGACGUGGUGCAGCGCUGGCUGGCCUAUUUCCGUCGAGAGCUCCCAGCGGUGGCCUUCAAGGCGUCCACGCAGGCGCAGCGCGCCCACCUCGCGUGCGCCUCCCGCCCCUCCCGCGCCGACCCCAACAAGGCCACUGCCGCGCCGCAGCCGCUGCUGCCGCGGGGGGAGGGCGAGGAGGCGGGGGGGGCGGCGGGCGCGGAGGGCAGUGAGUGCUUUGGGGCGGACACGCUGAUUCAGCUGCUCAAGAACUACUGCCGCAACAAGGAUAUCAAGACAGCAAUUCGAGUGGGCGUUGUAGGCCUGCCCAACGUGGGCAAGAGCAGUGUCAUUAACUCGUUGAAGCGAGCGCGCGUGGCCAAGGCGGGCGCCACAGCGGGCGUCACCCGCGCGCUGCAGGAGGUGCAGCUCGACAAACUCGUCCGCCUCAUUGACUCGCCGGGGGUCGAUGACGAGGCAGCUGCUGCGCUGCGCAAUGCCAUCCGCCCCGAGGCGCUGCUCGACCCCUUUGCACCCGUGGAGCGCAUACUACAGCUGUGCCCACGAGCACACCUGAACGCCGUCUACGGCCUCGAUGAGAAGGACGCGCAGAAAGAGGGCGCGGGCGGCCCCGUGGACGGCUUUCUUCGGCAGGUAGCGCAGAAGCGCGGGCGGCUGAAGAAGGGCGGCGUGCCCGACACGCUUGCUGCGGCGCGCAUCGUUCUGCGCGAGUGGAAUGGAGGUCGCAUCCCCUACUACACGCUGCCACCAUCACCUGCAUCGGAGGCUGUGGAGGGGGCGGAGGAGCACGAGGAGGGAGCGGCGCUGGUGGGCGCGUGGGGGGGCGAGUUCGGCGCACACGAGGUGCUGGCGAGUGAGCAGCGCGCCUGGCAGGCCCACUCGCACCAGGGGGGCGCCCUCGCGCCAGCUGCUGGGGGAGCCGCAGCAGGGCAUGCGGUGCUGCCUGCGAGCGCGCCGGCCACCAUGAUGGUCACAGAUGAGGUCGAAGAGGGAGAGGAGGAAGAGGACGAGGAGGACAGGGCGGCAGAGGCGGGCGGCAUGCAUGUGGACGACGUGGACGCAGUGGCGGCAGCGGAGAAGGCAGGUGUUGUGCGGGGGAGGGAGUACCUGCGGCAGAACGAGGUGCUGUACGAGGCGGUGGGUAUCCUGAACCCGCAUCGGCGCCGCGCCGACAAGAAGCGCCGCAAGAAGCAGCAGCAGCUGGGGGGGGAGGGGGCGGGGGAGGAGGGCGGAGAGGGGAGCACGCGGGGGAAGGGCAAGGGCGGCGCGGCGGGUAAGGGGGGUGAGGAGGCGGAGGGGAGUGAGGGGAGUGACUAUGACUUCACAGAGCAGUUUGACGGCAUGCUGCCGGAAUGA